AUGGCGCUGCGGCUGCUCCUCGCCCGCGCCCUGCGCCUCCUGCCCCGCGGCGCCGCCGCCGCCCCCCGCCGCCCGCCCCCGGCCCCGGCCCCGGCCGGCCCCGGCCCCUCGGCGCCCCCCCGGCCGCCCCCCGCCUUCCUCCUCUCCCUCUCCCUCUCCUCCUUCCUCCGGCGCCCGGCGGCCGGGCUGGCGGCUGCGGCUCGGCGGUGCCGCCGCGGGCCCUGCCUGGCCCUGGCGCUGGGGCUGGCGCUGGCCGAGCCGCGGCUGGAGGAGCGGCGCCGGGCUGAGGCGGCCUGCGGCAGCAUCCAGACGGUGUUCGUCAGAAAGAACAAGGCACAGAAAAAUCCGCUGAGCUCUUUCCGCUGGCGAGGCUUCAGGCUGGAAGAAUAUCUCAUCGGGCAGCCCCUCGGGAAGGGCUGCAGCGCGGCUGUCUACGAGGCAGCUAUUCCCUCGCCUCCCGAUGGCCAGGGGAGCACGCAGAGCAGCCGCCUCGCCGGAGAGGGGCAGCAGGAUCAUACGGUGGGAGAGCAGCCCGCAGACAAACCCCAGCAGAAGGAGGCUUUCCCAUUAGCCAUCAAAAUGAUGUGGAACAUCUCGGCCGGUUCUUCGAGUGAAGCCAUCCUCGACGCUAUGGGCCGCGAGCUCGUUCCAGCCACCCGGACCGCCUUAGCCGGAGAAUAUGGAGCUGUCUCGUGCCGCAGGAAACCUGUCCUCAGGAGAAAGAAGCUGCAGCCUCAUCCAAAUAUAAUCCAGGUGAUCCGAGCCUUCACGUCCUCUGUUCCUUUGCUGCCCGGAGCCUUCACGGACUAUCCCGAUGUUCUUCCGCUGAGCCUGAAUCCCAGAGGCAUCGGUCACAGCCGCACGCUCUUCUUGGUGAUGAAGAAUUAUCCCUGCACCCUGCGCCAGUAUUUGAGGGACAACGGUCCAGAUGCUCGUCUCUCCACGAUGAUGAUUUUACAGCUGUUGGAAGGCGUGGACCAUCUUGUUCGCCACGGGAUAGCGCACAGAGACCUCAAGUCUGACAACAUCCUGGUGGAACUCGAUUCGGCUGGCUGCCCCUGGCUGGUGAUCACAGACUUCGGUUGCUGCCUGGCAGACGACAGCAUCGGCCUGAGGCUGCCUUUCACCAGCUCGUACGUGGAUCGGGGUGGCAACGGCUGUCUUAUGGCACCCGAGGUGAUCACAGCGUCGCCAGGUCCAGGCACGGUGAUCAACUACAGCAAAGCUGACGCCUGGGCCGUUGGAGCAAUCGCCUACGAAAUCCUCGGCCUGGCAAAUCCUUUCUAUGGCCACGGGGACUCGACCCUGGAAAGCAGAAGUUACCGUGAGGAUCAGCUGCCAAGCCUGCCCGAUCGCGUGCCCCUUGAGGUGAAGCAGGUGAUAAAGCUGCUGCUUCAGAGGGAUCCCAACGAGAGACUGUCUGCUAGAGUUGCUGCUAACGUGCUUCACUUAAGCCUCUGGGGUGAAAGUGUUCUAGCAUCCAAGACCCUGAAACCCGACCAGAUGGUUGCCUGGCUUCUGUGCCAGUCCGCGGCCACUUUGCUCCUGGACGGACUGGUGGAUAAAAGCCGGGUGGAAACCAAAAUGAAGAUGUGCUUUUUCGCAAACCUCGACUACGAAGACCUCUGGGCAGCAAUUUUCUUGUUGCUGGCCUCGAGAAACCGGUCUGGGUGAGGAGUACAACGCGGGGCAUGACCGCGCAGGAGAUAAAUGGCACCUUCUAAAAGCACAUAGCAAUUUGUCUUUUCUGUCUGCGUGGAAUCCUGUAGUACUUCAGGGGAAAAACCUGCAGGCCUGUGUUUAAGAGGUCGAGUGUUAUCUGUAGCAAGUGUUAGUGCACUAGUACGCUGCUAGGGGCUGUGUCCUUGCCUCAUUACUCCUUCAGUGAGGGUUUGCAGAACGUGCAGGUGUCCUGGGGUAAGCGGUUGGUUUUGCUUGCAUUUGGGAAUUCACAGUUGACUUUGAAGUCGCGAGUUGAGUGAAGCGAGUUCCUUUUCAGAACAGGGCGUGUGCGGAAGGAGGUACGGUCUAGCUGCUCUUCACACGGAAACGUCACGGAUUUAAACAAUACACGAAGAAAGCUGAACUGACAAAAGGACAUGCAGCCUUCCUUCUCUUGGGGAAACUCUUGUGAGCCUUGCUUCUCUUCAGAUUGUACUCCCCUGCAGUCACAGAUGCCUUGCUAUAUUUAUAGGCAUAUAUAACAUACAUAAUGGCAGCCUCAGAGCCUCCUGCAGAGGUGCUGCGUGGUAAGGUGAGCGCGGAGCAGUGCAGUUUAACAAGUCUCUUGUGAUGCCAGUCUGUUUGACGUGCCCGUUUUUUCUGAUUAACGAGGACCUAACGCCCUUUGGCUGGGGAGCAUAGAGACCCCCCCAGCGUUGGGACACCAGCAGUCAUGUUAAUGAAAACAUCCUUUGAGUUCAUGUCUGUAACGGUGUUAAGAGGAACUGGGGGAGAAAGUUGUUGAUGCUGGUUGCACAAUAAACGGGUGAUUAAGCUCU